CCGGGGAUAGGGGGACGGAUUCUAUGGGGGAACAGGGACCCUGUGAUGGUGUACUGGGGUGGCAGGGGGUCACAGAGACCCCCAUGGUGGGGUCAGGGAACCCAUGGGAGAGUGGUGGGACCCCAGAGGGGCACAGGGACCCCAGAGAGGGGUCAUGAACCCCAUGGGAGGAUGCUAGGACUCAAUAGGGAGGGCACAGACCCUAUGGAAAGGGGGUUAGGCAUCCCACCGAGCGGUGUCGGGGACCCCAUGGGAGGAUGCUGGGGGGUGGUUUAGGGACACAAUGGAAGAUUUAGGGACCCUGGGGAGGGUGCCUGGACCCUGGGAUGGGUGUCUGGACCCUGGGGUGGGGUCAGAAGGGGACCCCACAGCUGCGGGAUGCAGUGACCCCAUAUGGGAAGGGGGGGCUCUUCCCUGUCCCCCAGGUUUGGGGGCCCAUGGCAGAGCAGGACCGGGCGCUGGAGCCGGGCUGGCUCCUGUCCCUCGCCGGCCGCCCCUACCUGGACUCCAUCCUACAUAAGAAACAACGGAGAGUGUUUGGUCUGCUGGAGCGCCCGGCCCUGCCGCCCGCCCUAGCUGUCCCCACUGUCACCUACAAACUCUUCCUGGUGGGGAGAAGCGGCGUCGGGAAGACGGCGCUGGUGGCCUGGCUGGGGGGGACCUCCACGCCCCCCGCCCACCACGAGACUCUGGGGAUCGAGGCCACCACGCUGUUCUGGCCAGCCAAGCCCCUCGCCAGCGGCCGCCCCGUGCUGUUCCAGCUGCACCUCUGGGACUGCGGCGACGGAGCGCUCAGGAAGUUCGAGCACCUGCUGCCCGUGAGCGGGGGACGCGUUUCUGGGUGGGGGAGACACCUCCAGGAGCCCGCAGUGAGGGGAUGUCCCCGUCCCCAGGCCUGUAAGGAGGAGGCGGACGCCGCCCUAUUUCUGUUCUCCUUCACGGACCGCGCAUCCUUCGAGGAGCUGCCGGCGCUCAUGGACCGCGUGCUGAGCCCCGGGGACGGCGACCUCAUCAGGGUAGUCGUGGGCACCAAAUUCGACCUGGCCACACACGCGGCCGUGACGGAGGAGGAUGUGCGGACCUUCGAGGGGACGUGGGGGCUGCGUGUGCUGCGGGCCGGGGGGACCCCAGGGGCCGGUGGGGCGCGGGCGGGGCUGGCCCGGGUCACCCCUGUCCUGGACGCCCUGGUCGAGGGGCUCUGGCGGCGCGACCAAGUGACCGCCGGCGUCACCCGGGUGGACAUGGGGGACACCCCCACAUGAACU